CAGCAUUCUCUUUCUGAUUCCACUAAUUUUGAAAAUAAUCCUAAUACUUCAACUGAACCGUCUAAUGCCAAAUCCCAUAUUGCCAAGAACGACAUGACUGAACUGAGUCUUCGCUCAUUAACACUUUCAGACACUACUGAUGAGCCCUUGCUUAAACCUAAUCCUAGGCGCUUUGUAUUGUUUCCUAUCCAGUUCAAUGAGAUCUGGCAGGCUUAUAAGAAUCUGGAGGCCAACUUUUGGAGCGCUGAAGAAGUGGAAAUGUCCGAUGAUUUGAAUGGCUUUGAACAGCUGUCUCGCAAGGAGCAGUCUUUAAUGCUACAGAUCACCAGCAUUCUCUGUAUGGGAUGUGGGCUAAAUAACGAGGCCAUCCUUUCUCGCUACUCGGAUGAAAUCCAAAUCCCUGAAGCUCGCUGCUUUUUUGGAUUCCAACUCAUGCAAAAGAACAUCCACUCGGAACUUUCCAUGGUUAUUCUUGACAUGUUUUCUGAAUCUGAAAAACAGCGUGAUGAUCUUUUGGAUGUGAUUCAACAACUUCCAAGUCGUACAAUGUGGACCGAGUGGGCUCGUACUCACAUGACUCGCUCUGAAGAGCCCUUUGCUCUACGAGUAACCAGUCUUGCCAUUUUCCAAGCCAUUCAUCAGGUUUCACUUCGUGAUAUUAUUGCUUUUAUUGCUGGUCCUGAGACAUCGACUCUUCCCGUCACCAGUUCCGAGUCUCAUCUAUUGCACGGUGUUGUUCACGCUAUGCACAAGAUCCAUCACGAUCAAUUACAAUAUCUUUCUUUCCUUGCUCUUAUUCAAUCUAACCUUGUUCGUCGUGCAGACACUCAAUUGGUUCAUCUUAUGGCUCGUGCAGCUGUUGCAGCCGAGCACACGCUCAUUGACGAUGUGUUCAAUCUUUCGACUGGAAAUAUCUUGCUUUGUGGAAAAAUAGUGCCAAAGGAAGCACUCAAGGGUAGAAUAGAGUUUUUGACUGACAUGUGUCUAACCACCAUGGGAUACCCUGCCAUGUAUCAUGUGCAAGAUCCCAUACCAUGGAUCUCGGUUUUACAUGUGCGUGAAGCCAAAAAAGGCAGCGCAGAUACACAUACAACUCAAACUGUUGUGUCUGCAAAACCCAACAUGCAAGAAGACCAUGCAUUCACUGUUGAUGAAGAUUUCUAAAUCGAUUUUCCUAUUGCUUUUUUUUGUGAAUGAACCUUUAUGAUUUAACCU